AUGGACCUGAGAUUCAAAAAGGUCCUGCUAUUUUUGCUAUUUAUAGUGGUCUUGAAUAGUUAUGUCAGAGCAGAGGAAAAAGAAAAUUCACAGAGAUUAAUAACUGCUCCAUUGAAGAAUACAGGAAGUACUGUUAUAGAUGGAACAGGUAAAGAGCGUGCUUUCAGUUCAGAUGGUACUACUAACGGAUUGGGUGAAAGGAAGGGUUUGAGUAACAGAGUAUCGGUGGUCACGGUUGCAUUGUUCACACUUGCAAUGGCGGCCACUACUGGUUUAGGUGCAAUUCCAUUCUUCUUUGUGGAGCUCGAUCCCCAGUGGGCUGGAAUAUGCAAUGGAAUGGCUGCUGGUGUGAUGUUGGCUGCAAGCUUUGACCUCAUACAGGAAGGGCAGGACCAUGGUAGUGGCAACUGGGUUGUGAUUGGUAUUUUGACAGGUGGUGUCUUCAUUUGGCUUUGUAAAAAGGUUCUUGAGCAAUAUGGCGAAAUGAGUAUGUUGGACAUAAAGGGAGCAGAUGCAGCUAAGGUCAUUCUUGUUGUUGGAAUUAUGACUCUUCAUUCUUUUGGGGAAGGGUCUGGGGUUGGAGUAUCUUUUGCUGGUUCGAAAGGUCUAUCCCAGGGCCUUUUGGUGACUUUGGCUAUUGCUGUGCACAACAUACCAGAAGGGUUAGCUGUGAGUAUGGUGCUUGCAUCAAGGGGGGUUUCACCGCAGAAUGCAAUGUUAUGGAGUGUAAUUACAUCAUUGCCCCAGCCUAUUGUAGCAGUGCCUUCAUUUAUAUGUGCGGAUGCAUUUAACAAAUUCUUGCCAUUUGCUACGGGCUUCGCAGCUGGGUGUAUGAUCUGGAUGGUCGUGGCAGAGGUCCUUCCUGACGGAUUCAAGGAAUCGUCUCCGUCUCAUGUCGCAUCUGCAGCCACACUUUCGGUAGCAUUUAUGGAAGGUCUGAGUGUUGUGUUCCAGAAUUUCAGCCAUAACUACAAGUGA